AUGGCCGAUGUCUCCUCUACAAGGCUCUAUCUGGGCAACCUUCCGCGGAAUAUCACGAAACAGGAUAUUCAGGACCACUUUGGCACCCAUGGCACAGAUUCCAUCAAGGAAAUCAAGCUGAUGAAUGGCUUUGGGUUCAUUGAAUAUGAGGAUCCAAUGGAUGCGCGAGAUGUCGUCCCAGAUGGAACAGAAUUCAAGGGUGAACGCCUGACCGUCCAAUUUGCUCGUGGUCCUCGUCGCAAGGACGACUUCAAUGGUCCCUCGGAUCGCAAUGUUCCACGACCACGUCGUACCGUCUAUCGCAUGCAAGUCACUGGACUACAACCGGAAACUAGUUGGCAGGAUCUGAAAGAUUUCGCCCGCAACUCUGGUCAACUGGACGUUGUCUAUUCCGAGACUGGUCGGGAACGUGAUGGAAAAGGCUUUGUCGAAUUCGAAACCCAAGCCGACCUCAAGACUGCCGUUGAAAAGCUAGACGGCCAGACAUUCAAAGGUGCCGAAGUUCACUGCACGGCUGAUAUCCAAGAUGAGCGACCCGAUCAACGAAGUUACCGACAGAGAUCUCCUCCUCGAGGCCGACAUGGUCCAGGGGAUGAUUAUCAUGACCGCCGUGGCCCUGCUCGUGGCUGGAGCCCUCGAGGUUACCGUGAGCGUUCACCUGGACGUCGCCCUCCUCCCGAUGACUACUAUGAUCGAGGCUACGACCGAGGCUAUGGAAGGCGCACCCCGCCGAGAGACUACGCGCCACCUCCACCAAGAAGAUAUGAGGGAGAUCCAUACGAUCCCCGGGGCCCACCGCCACCACCUGUGCGAGGCUACGGAGAUCCGUAUGGUAGGAACGGAGAUCCGUACCCCCGUCCCAGGAGCCCGCCUCGAGGUUAUGGCUACGGUGGUGGUUACGGCACCUACGAUGACCGUCGAUACUAG